CAAGUCUGGUAGAUUUUUUGUGCAGACCGUCCACGGUGGGACUAAAAAUGCAUGGUCCGGAUUCCCAGCCCUUGGGGCUGAAAACUCAAUUACUUCAUUUUAUUUCCAAGGAGAUUUUUUCGUUUUUUCUUUUUCCUUUUUCAGGAGAGGAGGAAGAAGAGAAGAAAAGGACAUGACCGUAAUUACAAUAUCUUCUUCCAUUUGUCCACUCAAAUCCUCUCAUUACUUCCAUUCCAAGCCCUUUAAAUCGGAUUUCUCGUCAGUUGGGUGCUGUCGUAAUCAAAGGAUCUCAAUCUCGAAAGCAUCGGAAGAUGGAUUUGUAGUUGUAGAGGACGAUCUCCAUGCACUUUUGGAGGCGCGCCUACAACUAACUGAGCGGCACAUGGGGGAGAAUGUGUAUGAGAUCCACUCCGUACAUCAGAUACUACCACGAGAUUUACGAGAGAAUCUUCGAAAUGAACCGAGAAGAGCUCAACUUUUAGAGGUUAUAAUGGACUUAGGUCGUUGCCCAGAAGCACGUUUUCUUAGUGAAUCUGGCGGGCAAUAUUUGAGGAAUACAGAGGUGUCGAUGAGAGAGUUGGAGGAUGCUCAGAAAGCUGUUGGAGAGUUUGGAGGAGACAACAGAGCAGGCAUUGAGGGAACUUUGCACCGAAUAUCUGCAAUACGAAGCCGUAAAGGGCUAGUUGUUGGCCUGACAUGCAGAGUGGGCCGAGCAGUUACUGGUCAUGUUGACAUGGUCCGCGAUCUUCUGGAUUAUGGGGAAAGCAUCUUGUUUCUAGGCCGGCCGGGAGUAGGUAAGACAACCGUCAUGCGAGAGAUUGCACGCGUCUUGGCCGAUGAACUUCACAAGCGAGUGGUAAUUGUGGAUACUAGCAAUGAAAUAGGAGGUGAUGGGGAUGUUCCCCAUGCAGCCAUAGGAGGUGCACGGAGAAUGCAAGUACCGAAGCCGUCCAUGCAGCACAGGGUCAUGAUUGAAGCUGUUGAGAACCAUAUGCCUGAGGUAGUCAUUGUUGAUGAGAUUGGCACGGAAGCAGAGGCACUUGCUUGUCGCUCUAUCGCAGAAAGAGGAGUCAUGCUCAUCGGCACUGCUCAUGGAGAACGACUUGAGAACAUAAUAAAGAACCCCACACUUACUGAUCUGGUUGGGGGAGUUGAGACUGUUACUCUUGGAGAUGAUGAAGCCCGUGCUAGAGGUUGUCAGAAAAGCAUUCUUGAGAGAAAAGCUCCUCCAACCUUCCCUUUUCUGAUUGAAAUGAGGGAAAGGAAACAUUGGGUCACGCAUCGGACUGAAAGGAGUGUUGAUAUGUUGCUCCAUGGUAAAAAGCCCUUGGUUGAGGUGAGGAAGAGGGAUGAUAAAUUCAAGGUUGUGAUAGAAAGAUGGAAAGCAUAUGAUGGAGAUGGAAUUUAAUCCCUUUAUCCACCAAAAGCAUUUCAAGUCAAUACACUUAACCAUAUCUAUGUGAAAAGAUUAGGCACGCACACUGUUAUUUUGCUGCUAUAGCUCGAGGUUAUUGAAGAAGCAGAUACUGGCAUGGGUUUCUGAAGAAUCCAAACAAGGCAAUAAGGUGGCAGUGGGCAAUUGUAAUCUUCUUGCCACAUUCAGUGCUAGUGUCAGCAGUGUAUUGUAUUGUAUUGUAUUGUAUUGUAUUGUAUUGUAUUGUAUCAAGUAUCUGGGCCUCAUCUGCCGUACCCUUUCACAGGAAAGCAGUUGGUUUUUUAAGUGGUCUAUACUUUGCAUUAUCAGAGCAAAUGGGAUGGGUUUUUUCCCAUCUGCUGGACAUUUAAUGGACGGUCAAAAUAAAAAACUGUCAAUGGUUCAAAUUCAACUUAUUAAUACGAGGUCAGGAUAGUUAAAUAAAUACAAAACCUUUGAUGAUGA